AUGACUACUGAUGAGGUUUUUGUGUUUUAUAAUUGUGAAGACAUGCAGAAGCACAAGCCCCAUAUUCAUGCCCCUUGCAGUUGGGAAUCCAUGAAAUACUGCAUUAUUGAAGGCUGUUUUGUUGCUUGUAUGGGCAUUUUGGUGACUUGUUUCAUUCAAAAAACAGUUUUUCAUUUUGUGAUUUUUCUGGAUCAUUUGGCACGGUUCACUCCCAGAGUCCCAGGCGGCACCUCCCUAAAAAAGGGUGUGCCGGCCAACACACCAAAAAUGGAUGUUGAUAUUUGGAUUGUUGGGGUCAUUCUAUACGCUUUACUUAUUGGUAAACCGCUGUUUCAGACCAAAGAUAUCAACCAAUUCUAUUGA